AGGUAUGGGCUGGGCAAAGCCUGCAGGAAACGCCAGACUGCCCCUCCCUGGGCCACCUUGACCCUGAGAAUUAAGUGACCAACCAGGCUCCUUCCUUAACAAGGAAACUGAGGUCACGGAAGAAGGACCCUCGAGAUCCCGGUUCUCCUUCCCGCCCAUUUUACCGGAGGAAAGCGGAGACCCAGGGAGUCUAAGGCACUUGCCAAAAGGGCACAGUGAGUUUGCAAAGGUCCCCAGAACCGAAACCCAGGUCGCCCUUCUCCCAGCGCUCGGCUCUUCCCUUGAAAGAGGCGUGGAGAGGUGUAGCCGCCGCCCACCGUCAUGGGCAAGCAGAACAGCAAGCUGCGGCCCGAGGUGCUGCAGGACCUGCGGGAGAACACGGAGUUCACGGACCACGAGCUGCAGGAGUGGUACAAGGGCUUCCUCAAGGACUGCCCCAGCGGCCACCUGACCGUGGACGAGUUCAAGAAGAUCUACGCCAACUUCUUCCCCUACGGCGACGCCUCCAAGUUCGCGGAGCACGUCUUCCGCACCUUCGACACCAACGGCGACGGCACCAUCGACUUCCGGGAGUUCAUCAUCGCGCUGAGCGUGACGUCGCGGGGCCGCCUGGAGCAGAAGCUCCGCUGGGCCUUCAGCAUGUACGACCUGGACGGCAACGGCUACAUCAGCCGCAGCGAGAUGCUGGAGAUCGUGCAGGCCAUAUACAAGAUGGUGUCCUCCGUGAUGAAGAUGCCCGAGGACGAGUCCACUCCGGAGAAACGGACGGACAAGAUCUUCAGGCAGAUGGACACGAACAAUGACGGCAAACUGUCCCUGGAAGAAUUUAUUAAAGGUGCCAAGAGUGACCCCUCCAUCGUCCGCUUGCUGCAGUGCGACCCCAGCAGUGCCAGCCAGUUCUAGGAAAUGGACAGUCGCAGAGCAGCACGGGCUCGUCUCGCUGUUGAAGCUUCGCUUGCAAACCUGGAUGCCUCCUCAGUCAUUCCCGCACUUCCGGAAACCCGGGGCCCAGGUGCCCCCAGUGCACCUGCCCGGCCCAGCUGGCUGCACCGCCCUCCUCCACCUGACCCGGGGGACCCUCCUCCCAGCCCUCCCCCAUCCCAGCCUGCCCCCCACCCAAGGCGACUCACAGGGUUGGGUCUCCCCGCAGGGUCUCCCAGUCCCUGGCUCCCCAGGCACCCCUUCCCACAGGGAGCCCAUAGCACCACCUGAAGAUCCCAGGCCAAACUUCCCAAGACAGCGCAAGGCCAGCUAAUUUAUAUCGUGAUACCGAGUGACUGUCGGAAAGGUGGGGACAAAAACGGAGUGCGGGUAGACAAAGCCUCUCCUUUCCCGAGCAUGGCUCCAUCCGUCUCGUUCGUCUGUUUCCUCUGCCCCAAAUGGCUUGCACAUAUAUAUACCGUGGUCUUCUUUCUUUUAAUAUAUAAAUUAUAUGUGAGGUGACACGACCUGUCCCUGGAGGUCCCAUAUUUAAAUGCAUCUGAUCGCCCUUGAAGCGUGGUUUCCCCUCGUGGCCUGUGAUCCCCCGAGCCCGGUUGUGUUGUGGUGUUGCCGCGUGCCCCCCCGCCUGUUCCGAGAGGCAGCGCAUGUGUGCCCCCAGCCGCGGACACCCACUUACUGUCCGUGCCGUGAAUGCGGUGUCUGUGCACGGUCUGUUCUCCCUGUCGAUCAGUCUGGCAUUUCCUGUCCUAAAACGAUUAAAUAAAUGGAACUAUCUGGA